AAAACGUUUACGGUUUUAGUUGUACUUCCGGUGUUAAAAGUCAAACCACAAUGGCGCCGUCCAAGAAGAAACACGCCAGUAGCCAGCCUUGUGUUAUUCCAGGAGGAUUUACAGUGCUUCCCUUGCGCUUUAAUGCUGACAGCGUUGCACAGCACAGUGUGUAUGUGAAGGAGCACAAAGUCCGAGCAGAGAAGAGUUCAGGCAGACCGAUGGACCGGACUUUAUUUGCUCUCAACAUCCCUCCGUACUGCUCAGAGGAUGUUGUCAAAGAGCUGUUCUCACAGUUCGGCAGUGUUCAGUCCGUGGAGCUGAGGGACCACCCGGGCUCCUCUCAGGAGUCUGGACCCAAGCUGUCCCGGUUCUUUAAACCAGCUGAGAAACAGGGUUUUAAAGUCUGCUACAUUGUCUUCCAAAACUCGUCCAGUGUAGCAGCAGCUAAAUCUCACCCACAUGAUGCACCUCUGCUGGUUUGCACAGAGCAGCGUCCAGUGAGGACGGGGACACAGAAAUGGAUCCAGCAAUACACAGAUUCUAUCAUUCCUCCCGGCAAACUGCAAGAAAAAGUCAACUCCUUUAUGGAAGGCUACGACAAGCGGAAAGAGGAGGAAGCGAAAAGGCAGAAGGAGGAGGCCGAGCAGCAGCAAGAAGACGAAGAGGGCUGGGUGAAAGUAACAAGAGGACCCAAGGGUGCCAAGGGUCGCCCCCACAGCGAGGUAGCCAACAAGAAGACUCUUGAGAAAGAGAUGAGGAAGAAGAAGAGGAAGGAGCUCAUGAACUUCUACACCUGGCAGCACAGAAACACACAGAAAGAACAUAUUGCUGAACUGAGGAAAAAGUUUGAGGAGGAUAAACAGAGAAUAUCUCUGCUGAGGGCACAGAGAAAGUUCAAACCUUACUGAUUCAAUAAACACGAUUUUCUUUUCAUCAUUUCACUGCUUUUGUGUGUUUUAGCUACUAAUAACCCUGAGCAUUUUUGUAUCAAUAAACUAUUAUGUUCUGAUUGUCCAA